GUACCUCUAAGCAUAUUACACUUUCUGAUGACAAUUUGGCUAGUGAGCAACCAUUUUAAAAAUGGUGGCCAUUUUUGUGUGUUAUUUUACGAUUUUUCUCAUAUGCUUCGUUUGUUAAAAUGCCAGACAUGGCUGUUCGAUGGGAUUUGCUACGCUUUGGUGUUGCUGUUGUCUAGUUGAUAUUCUUUUAUCAAAAUCAUGAUAUGGCCAUAAAAUUAGAAACAUGUUACAUGUGUCGUGUUACAGACUGAGCCUACACAUGGACUGGUUCAUGUUUUCGAUGUAGGUGUGUUGAGUUUCAAAUGAUCUACCUAUGGAAACUAUUUAGAAUGUUUCAUUUAUUAAAUUGUUAUAUUGAUUGAUACAGAAGACUGCAGAAAAAUUACAAAACAACUUGUAGGAAAAUCAUUGCAUUGACUAAAAUUAUCAGAUUGAUGAUAUGGGAUCACCCAUUUUUAUGAAUAACAUUGCCCAGCCAGUUCAUUAUGAAAAAUUAAAUGCACUCUGAAAUAAUUUCCAUUCAUCUACCCAAAAAUAAACGUGUUGGAAUACUAUAGGCUGAUUCACUCUCAGUGACACCUGGUAUGUUUGAACAUUUUGCAACUUGCAUCAUAAUUGACACAAUCAAGUGAAAAUAGAAGUGACAUUCACAGCAGAUUUUAUUGAAUGAAUAAUUGAAGCUAACUGGUACAUGUAACUUGUCAUUUUGAACUUACUGGAAACAUUAUGAAUAUCUUCCGAGCCAAAUUCCUUAUCAUUUUUAUCAUUAUCAUUGUCAUUGGGACUUUAUACUUAUUAAGCAUAGCACCUCGGCUAGUUCAAGAACUGAAAGAAUCUACCUCACUGGCCGCUCAGAUAAAAUGGGAAAAUACAGGCGUAAAACCAGAAAUAGAAUUAUUUCCUCCACCUCCCAAAGCGCAUGUAGAUACUAAAGGCAAUUUUGGAGCAGUUAAAACAUCAGGGAUGAAUCAAGCAUCAAGAGAAAAUCCUAAAACAUCGGAGAAGAUAAUGUUAAAAGAACACUUUGAGCAAAUAAUUAAUGCAUGGGGAAACAUUACAACAAACCAACAGAAGUAUACAGUCUUAGACUUUCAAAAUAUCUGUGACACCCAUUCUGAUGACCUGAUCCUAUUACAGAUAGAACAUAUGUAUGAUCUCGCUGGAAUAAACACGAGUCAACGAUUUAAUAACAAGAGUUUGAAAUUUAUGUCCAAUAUCCUUGGACCGCGUUUAUACAAUUCAAAGAGAUUCGAGUAUAACAUACAGUGGUCAUAUGAUAGUUUCCGUCAUAAUGUUUAUAUGAAGAUCUUGGAAACUUUUUUGGGAAAACCAACGUAUGGAGGUAGCAGCUUUCGGAUUCUUGUACAGGGUGUCCAUAGUUUUAUGUGUAAUGUGAAGGAUAAUUUCAAUGGGAUAUAUCAUGUAUGUUGUCCCUUUGUACCACCAUGUAGUAACAUUACUGUUGCAUUGGUAUACACUUCUUAUGGGGCAUUCCUUGAUAUACCAACAAUUCGACCAUUUUCAUUGAUUCUUGCUCAAAUAAAGAAUUGCCGACUUAAUAAUGGGGAUCAGCUGCCGCAUGAACAAUUCGAGACUGAUAUGAUAAAUAAGGUUCAGUGCGUGAGAGAUCCAAGAUUCCUUUCUAAACAUGGGAGAUGGAUAUUACACGAUGGAAGUUUAAAAUGGGGAUUGCACUCAAAGUGUAUUUCAAAGAUGUUGACCCCGACAGAGCUCAGAACUUGUUUUCAAAAAUUAAGAAACAUAAAUUGCUACGGAGACUCUCAUCUCCUUAAUACAAUGACUUAUUUUAAACAUCUGAUUGAAAAUAAAUCAGUUUAUAAUGAAACUCUCAGAAAUUGGACAUUUGAUAAUAAUCAUCUUUACUUUCAUUGGUCAACCAGUGUGCGUGAAGUUUCACAAAAUCUGCUUAAAGAUUAUAAUCCAACACUUCAAAAUAUUAAACCAGCUGUGGAUCAAACUGGAGAUCAACGUUACAGUACUAUAAUUUUUGAUAAUGGAGCUUGGGAUAUGUACAAAGGGACAUUGUCUGACUAUCUCAAUUCUAUUCAAACCUUACUUGUGCCACUUUUAAGAAAAUAUCGCCAAAAUCCAACAUGGAGCAAUACACGUAUCAUCUGGUUUGGUAAUCCAGCAUGGCCUCAUAAACCAAAUUACAUGACUCAAGGACACCAUGAGAGGAAUGACUUUAGAAUUGCUGUUGCAAAUGCUCUUACUGAGUCACUCACCAAGGACCUUGGCGUUGACUUCAUAAAUCAGUUAACCCCCUCGAGUAUAAGGUCCAGUGAGAAUGUAUGUACUAUACAUUAUAUCUGUACAAAGAAAGUCAAACAUACACACAAAUCUAUCGGACAUGUGGGGAUUGUUAUAGCUCACAUGUUGUUUGAGAACAUGUGUAGAAUAUAGUGAUCAAUGAUAUUGGAAUGAAGAACACUGAGGAGAAGUGAUUCUUUAUAAAUGAGUAUAGCCAGUCCUCCAGAUCUGAGUUUCACCGAUUUUAUAGGUGUAUAUUUGCAUCAUUAUUAGAGAAAUUGUGUUUGUUUGAUGUGGUUUGAAUGACUAAAUAGUCAUUAUGAAAGAAAAUCCAAAAAUAUAUUUUCCCGUAUCUCAGGCCAUGGAG